AAAAAAGUCUCGAAAGUCGCGUCCCACUUCGACCGUCUUCCGGGGUUGAGUGCCCGUGUGUUCUGAAGUGCGUCCGCUCUGCGCCGGCAGCCCGUCCAGUCUUGAAGUUGUCUCCGUCCGUCCUCAAGGUCCGCCCCCCACACACACUGUCCACCGUCCAUCUCCCCCGACCGAACGACCGGCCGACCUUCCCUUCCACCGAACCUUUCCUCCGACCCCCGGGCCGUUUUCUUGCGGAGAAAGAGACCAAAAAAAACCCCAACAGACAAAAUGAUCGGCUCCAUGGGUCUAAGGAUACCCCGUGCGACAAGCUCGCUCCUCGGCCGUGCCGUCAACGCUGUCGCCACCAACCAGUCCGCCGUCGCCGGCGCCAGCAUCGCCGCUCAAAGGAGAUGGCAGCACUACCUCAUGCCGCUUCGCGACAACUUCGAGCAAGAGGGCAUCCGCAACUUCCUCAGCCCCGGCUCCGUCAACAUGGCCUAUACCGAGUACCAGACCUUCAUUUUGGAGAAGCUUAACGCGCUUGUAGUAGGCACCGACUUUGAGCAAAAAGACACCAAGUCCAUCGUCCUCGCCACCGCACGCGACCCCGAGCUCGCCCAUGUGUUCAACCACGCCUCCAUGGCGCACAACAACCACUUCUUCUUCGACCACCUGUCCCCGGUCCCCGUCAAGAUGGGCGACAAGCUAUUUUACCACAUCAACGAGAACUUCGGCUCCGUCGACACGCUCCGCGACGAGAUGAUCGGCACCGCCGUCUCCAUGUUCGGUCCCGGUUUCGUCUGGCUCGUCCGCACCCAGCUUCCCGGUCAGCCCGUCGCCCUCCGCGUCAUGGCCACCUACUUGGCUGGUUCUCCUUACCCGGGCGCCCACUGGCGCCGCCAGGAGAUGGACGCCCAGACUUCCAUCGGGAGCUCCCCCCAGGGCUUGAGCAACGGCCAGCGCUUCUUCGAGCGCAGCGCAGCUGGGUUCAAGGGCAACAAGCUUGAACCUACGGCUCCCGGCGGCACUGAUUUGAUUCCGAUCUUGUGCCUCAACACGUGGGAGUACGCGUGGCUUCGCGAAUACGGAACUGGUGUGGGUGGUAUGGGUGGUAAGCUGGCGUAUGCGCAGAGCUGGUGGAACAUGAUUGAUUGGGCCAAGGUCGAGGAGGAGGCCAGGCUGGAGACUAGGAUCUUGACGGGCGGUGAUAGCUCUGUUUAGCCUCUUGCUUCCAUUCUGCGGGGGAAGAGGAGGGAGGAGUGAGGAGGAAUUGAAGUAGGAAGUGAAGCGGGAGCGUGAAAGCUUAAGCCUCGACUUUUUGGUUCUGAAUUACUCGCGACUACUGGUCCAUCAGUCCAUGCCUGCCGCCGCCAUCGACAGUCCGACGGCUGUCACCUUGUCCGAGGGGUAGAAAGAGCGAGUGGAACGGGAUGGAGAUGGAUUAUUGUACGGUUGCUGCCCAAGUUACUUCUGUGACUUUGUCUGUCUAUAUGGAACCCGGAUAUAUAGGGAAAAGUUGUUCUGUACGAUAGGAUAGCAUGACGGUGAGACCGGCCGGAAAAAGAGAAAGGAAAGUAAAAACCAAGCCAGCCCCGGCAGCUGCCAUCUAUACUUUUACAUGUGUAUAUUACCAAUGAACCAAAUGUGUGUGUGUGUGUGAAAGAGGAAAGCAGGAUAACGGC